AAAGGGGAGUAUUGGCGAGGCGGAGCUAAUUUUCCCGCCAAGAGAACAAAUGCUCUGUUCUCCCACUCUCCGUAUCUGUCCUCUCCAAAACCCUCAACUCCAUCGCAAAACCCUUUUACUCUCCAAAUUCAAACCCAAUUUCCCACACAAACCCCAUCACUUCUCACCUUUCCUAGCUAAUCAUCUCACCAAGACAAUUUCUGGGUAUACGGGUUCGUUUCUGGGUCCUUCUUGUUCCAAUUCAUCGCUCUCUUUCUCUGCCGAUGACGAUUUGGACGAUGAGUUGGAACGCCUUCUGGGUUUGUUGCCGGAAGAGAUGUGGCGGAGAAUCGGCGAUCACCCGGAGCUCCACCAGUUGAUUGAAGUGGUUUUGGAUUUGGGUCGAAAGCCCUUGGCUCGGUUUCCAUCUGGAGACUUUGUUUUAUCGAAUAAUGCCAUCACGGUGGAUGAUCUUGAACAUGCCACUUCAGCGGUUGGUGACUUUGCCUUUGAUAAUCGAGCAGGCAUUAGCAGAACCUUACACCGCAUUAGUGCCAUUAGAAAUCGCAAGGGUGCUAUUAUUGGUUUGACUUGUCGUGUUGGUAGAGCUAUAUCAGGAAGUGCGAAUUUGUUGCGAGACUUGGUGAAAGAUGGGGCUUCUUUGUUGCUUAUUGGACCUCCGGGAGUAGGCAAAACCACAAUUAUCAGGGACAUUGCUCGGAUGCUCGCAAAUGAUUACAAGAAACGUGUGAUGAUUGUUGAUACCUCAAAUGAAAUAGGGGGUGAUGGCGACAUACCACAUGCUGGAAUAGGUAGUGCUAGACGGAUGCAAGUCCCUAGCUCUGAUAUGCAACAUAAGGUACUGAUUGAAGCAGUUGAAAACCAUAUGCCACAAGUUAUUGUAAUUGAUGAAAUUGGCACAAAACUUGAAGCAAUGGCUGCAAGCACGAUUGCACAACGUGGCAUUCAGCUAGUUGCCACUGCUCAUGGGGUAACAAUCAAGAAUUUAAUAAUGAAUCCUUCAUUGGAGAUGCUUGUUGGAGGAAUACAGAGUGUGACACUAGGGGAUGAAGAAGCAAGCCGGAGGCGUGUUCAGAAAACAGUGCUGGAAAGGAAAGGACCCUCAACAUUUAGUUGUGGUGUAGAGAUAAUUUCCAAGAAUGAGCUGCGAGUUCAUUCUAAUUUAGAAGCAACAGUGGAUGCUAUUCUUUUAGGUCGCUACCCAAACUAUGAAAUUCGCAAGAUAAACCCGGGAUCAGAAGAUGAAACUUUAGAAGCAAAAUCUUUCAUUCAUGAGUCUUUGGAAAAAAAUGGAGGUGUAGUUGAAGAUAUUCUACAGAUCAAUGAUGAGAGUCCUAGCCAUAGAAUCACUUGUGAAAUACCUCAAAUCAUGGGAGAAAGUUCUCUUGAUGACGAAGCACCUAUCUGCUUGUUUGUUUAUGGGAUCCUGGAGACAAGUGUGAUACAAGGGAUUAAACAAUUAGAGAUGGAUGGUGAGAUUAAACUUACUGAUAACAUCAGCGAAGCACAUGCACUACUUGCCUUGCAGUCCAAGCUCAAGAAGACUCGAAUUCAAGCUGCCGCUAGAUCCCAUGGCAUACCGAUUUAUGUUACAAAGACAAGCUCAUUGAUGCAGUUGACGAAAGCCAUACGGGCAUUAAUAGCUGAUCAUGAAGAUGGUUUUAAGGAUUUUGAUCGGAUGACAAGUAAAUGGCCUCAGAAGAUUGAAGCCUUGGAGGAGGCCAGGAUUGCCAUCGAGAAAGUAGUGAUUCCGAAAGGGGAACCUGUGGAGCUACUCCCUAGGCCAUCGAACAUUAUUUUGCUUCAGAAGGACCUCAUUCACAAGUACAAGUUACAAACAGAGAGAGUUGGAGCAGAGCCGGACGCACGACUUCGUAUCCUUCCAUAUCAAACUACAAGGGAUGAUGAAGACGAAGACGCCAGUGAGAGUAUUGAUGCUGUAGGGAGUUUGAUGACUUGUUCAGUCUCAAUGGCGAAACAACUGGUCCCGCCUACGUUGUUGAUAGAUUGCCUCUCCUCCCGACUAGGCACUAUAGUAUGUAUAGACUGGUUCUAUGAUGUCUCAGUAGUGUGUAGCAUCUUGUAAGGUCUGGCCAUCUCA